AUGGCGUCGACGCUGAGGCUGAGGCUGCUACCGAGGUUGUCUACUACUAGUAGGCAACGCUGCUUUCCUCUUAACACUAGUAGGAAGGCUUGCUAUGUGCGCUUUCAAAGCUCUUUUUCGUCAGAAGAUGACAAGGAAGAAGACCUUCCAACGAGCGUCAAACCAGAACUGCCAUCAAUUACGUCGCUGCCAGAUGCGACACUACGAGGGGUGGGCCAAGUGAUCUUUCUUAAUUCAACCACUUCAGGCCUGGCUGUCUUGGGUGGCCUGGCCAUUGGCAACCCUUAUCUUGCGGUUCUAGCAGCAACGGGAGCGGCAACAGCCACCACAGCAGCUCAUUUCUCAGGGCUCGAUAAAGCAGCUCUCCAAGAUGGUCUCUUUGGAUACAAUGGAUGUCUGGUCGGUUGUGCAGCUGCAGUGUUUAUCAAUCCACUUCCUGCUGCAUCACUGUUAUCGCCCAUUGCUUUGAACGCCGCCACUGCCGGCAUGACCACGACAAUCUUGGGGUCGGCUGCAACACCCUUUGUAGCGUCUGCCCUCAAACCAGCCUUGGGAUCAGUACCUCAGUUCACCCUUGCCUUUAAUAUGGUCACACUGUCCGUUCUCUUGCGGACAAAACCGCUAUUGGCAGCAGAAGAACCCACUGCUACAGAAGGGGCUGCAGAUGCUGCUGAGGCUGUCACGGCCCUGACGGAUGUUCUGAUUCAUGCGCCCUGGAAAGGAAUUUCUCAAAUAUUUGUGGUCGAAUCGUCCCUUGCCGGUGCUGCCAUUGUUGGUGGCAUUGCCUACUAUUCUAGGGGUCUUGCUGCUCAUACAUUGUUGGGUUCUUCUAUUGGUGCCGCCACUGGUGCGCUAAUGGGAGCCGACAUGGCUUCGCUAGCCAUGGGACUGUAUGGAUUCAAUUCGGCGUUGACCAGUCUAGGCGUUGGUGUCUUUUAUGUGCAUUCACCUCAAGUCAUGGCACUAAGUGCAGGAGGAGCAGCGGCGACAGCAGUUGUGUUUGGGGCCAUGGGAGACUUGUUUGGCGCAUAUGGCUCACCCUGUUUGACCCUGCCGUUCUGUCUCACCAUGUCCGGUUGCUACUUGUUGGCGGACACCAUGCCUGGGUUGAAAUUGGCAGAGGCCCCACAUUCGCCUGAGAGGAACGAAUAG